AUGCCCGUCACAAUUGACUCCAGCUCCACGUACGCCGUAGACUACUCGACGGCCGACGUAGUCAACGCCUGGCGCACCGCGCGCCUGGAGUUUAUCAAAAUCGACAAGAGGGACCAAAACAUCAAAGACUUCCUCCCGCAGACCGAGCAGGACCCCGUGGUGCUGUCUCUCGCGUCCAGCCAAGUCCUCGCGCCCACGGGCCAGUCAGAUCUCGAUGAGAGCCUCGACGCCCUCAGCAAGGCUCUCCUCGGCGUGGCCAUUUGUCUUGGCCCAUCGGAACGGGAGGACCAGCAACUGCCGUCAGAAAAGGACAAGAAGGAGAAGGAGAAGCCUACCAUCAUCGGAACCAUGUGUCUCGGCUGGGGGGGUAUUAGCUCCCGAAAUGCGCAUCAUCGCUCGGCGCAUAUGGGCAUCGUGAUUGGCAAGGCCUAUCAGAACAAAGGGUACGGGAGGGAGGCGAUCAAUUGGAUGGUUGACUGGGCGUUUAAGCAUGCGGGUUUGCAUACCGUGUGCAUGGUUGCUGCAAGCUACAACCAGAGGGGCAUUCAUUUGUAUCAGGACAUCGGCUUCAGGUUGGAGGGACGCCGGAGGGAGGUGUGCUACUUUAAUCGGGCGUGGCAUGACGAGCUGGACUUUGGCAUGACGGAGCACGAGUGGGAGAAGUUGAGGGGAGCGUCUUCCUAG